CGUUCUUUUAUGUUCUUCUAAUGUUGUUCUCCUUUUAAUGAAUAAGGCGCAUUGUAAAAGCGGUACACUGCAUAAACAACUCCGAAAGUGAACGUUCUAUGAAGCCGGUGCUAGGGCCAUGCAGAAGGAAGAGGAAUGGCUGAGUCUUCGAUGCAUGGAAAGGUUAAAAGGUUAUAACUGAAACAACUCAUUUCCAACAUCCAUCAUCCUUGCAAUCAAUCUAUCACGAUGUCAACCUUAUCUCUCAACUUACCUGCUUCUUACCCUUGGGUAGUCGGUGUAGCAGCCACAAUCCCAUUCUUAACAUUUUGGCAAUCAAUGCUAGUUUCAGGUGCACGCAAGGCAGCAAAGAUUCAAUAUCCACAAGUCUACGCAACAAAAGAAGAAGAAUCCGCAAACCCAUCAGCACGUAAAUUCAACUGUGCUCAACGUGCACAUCAAAAUACAAUGGAAAACGUUCCACAAGUUUAUGCAAGUUUACUCAUUGCUGGCGUUCAACAUCCUCGUGUUGCUGCCAUCUCGGGUUUACUUUAUGUCGUUGGCAGAAUCGUCUUUACCGUUGGUUACAAUUCAGGUGAACCAAAAGGUCGCGUUCCAGGUUCUUUGAUCAGUUAUUUGGGUAUGGUCUCUUUGUUCUUCACUUCGGCUUAUACUACCUUUGGCUUAUUGCAAAAGACAGGCUACCAUUUCUGAUCGUUAUCCACAAUCUGUAUUGCUGAGAUCAUGUACAUAACAUUUAAUGGAGAAUAAACCAUCGUACAUUGACUUUGUUUGUCAGGCAGCAU